AUGGAGAUGGAGGAGUCUCUGACAGCUGGCGCGAUUCUCCGCCUCGCGGCAAUGACAAGUUCGGAUGACGACCCUUCCUUCCAGCCAACGCUACAAGUCCUUGAGAUUGCGACCGUACAAUCGGAUGACGAUGAGAUCACUGCCUUUGUUCUGGUCCUGUCGGAUGGGACUCAUUCCGCUCGGUACAUGCUAGACCCAUGCGAAACCAACCUGAUUCAGGCCAAUCUACUGGAAGUCUACGGCAUCAUUCGGCUUUAUGGGUUUGAGGGUGGCUCUUGCAGCACAGCCGAUUGUUUGGAGGUGAUGCCCGUAGUGCGUCGGUUGAUUGUCUCUGGCCAGAAUCCUGGAAAAUCCAUUGGUGAUCCCAUGGAUUUCAAUCUUGUGGAUCACUAUUCUCUAUCCGCAGAAAGCCUCCAAGACAUCUUCAGGGGAUUGGGAGACUCCUGUGAGACAUUUGAAGAAAUGGCGCUGCUAGAGAAACUUGUUCGGCAUGGCGGCAAGAGACUCUCUAUGGCACAAAUUAAAGGUCUUCUCUCAUCCGAUGCCGAAACGGACAUAUUCAGUGGAUUGAUGCAAAAAUUCCUGGAAAAGAAAGCCAGAGGAUCUCCGAAGAAUAAUCAACCAAAAAAGGACACGCGUCCAGCCACAAAAACCAACUCCUCCCCACAGGCAAAUAUCAAGGCUCCCGAGCUAAUUCCAAUCAGCAGCAGUAAUGGAGAGAGCGUUUAUGUCGAUAAGAAAGAGUUGGACAAAAUGACAAAGUUGAGUCCUCAAGAACGAACUGCCAUCGCCAAGGCCAUGGGCACAGAAACAACACCCCAAACUACGUUGAACCCAGAACACACAGUUCAAAAGCUUCCCAUCCUCGCCGCUUUGACGCACAGCAAAGUACCCCUCCACCCGGAUGUCGUCGCGGCAUUGGUCGAUGAAUACAAAAUUCGGAAAUUGAUUGCCCGCGAAGCAAAAAAACAAGCAGAGAAAAAGGGACGCUCCAAUAAUUACUUUGCACUCUCGCGGGAGUACAAGGAAAAGGAACGAGUCUCACAGGAAACAGCCGACAAGCAAAUCUCCAAACAAUAUCGAAAAGUAUCCCUCCGAUUGCAUCCCGAUCGUCAUGGAGAUUUGUAUCAACGGGAAUUCGAUGAGCUGCUCCUUGCCUACGAAAUCAUGAAAGACCCAGACUUUCGUCAAGACUACGUCGACAAGAUGGUCAAAGUCAUUGAGACUGCUCCUGAUCAUGCAAUGCCUGCUCACGAAUCCUACGUAUCGAGCUAUCAGGAGCAAAAGGACCAAGCUACCGAGUGGGCACGGUACCAGAGAGCCAUGGUCACGGGAGGCCACAAGGCACACUUUUAUAUCGAAACUCAUUUGAUGAAUCAAUCGCCUCGAGCCCUUCACGUCAACAAUAUUCAAGGCAAGACAAUCUCGAUUGCUCUCCCACCAUUGAACCCACUCGCACAUUUCGAGUCAAUGUGUCAGUCGGUGUCGGUGUGGCUUGAAUCUGUGCCCAAGGGAAACGACACAGUGCUCAAGCGAUUGGAAGGGCAGGCCUUGAAAAAGGCAUUCGGAGGUGGAGGUGGAAGUCAGCCGGGAUGGGUUCAAACCAACGUGGCCUUGCCCGAGUAUGGGACCUGGCAGAUAUACUGGAAGGCUCAAUUGAAGGUCGAAGUUGCCAGCGACAAAACUGCAGAGACAACCCCGUCUGUCUCACGCCAAGUUGUGUUGACCGAUCCUUCCUACGAGAGGGCCGAGCAGCGGUUGCCAGGUCUGAUUCAACACGCCAAGCUCUUGCGAUCAUCGUUGCAAUCCGAAUCGCAGAAACUAAGUCGUUCCACGCAAGGCAUGUCGACGGGAGAGUUGGAGAAAAGCUAUUGGUCCGUCCACGCUCUCAUCUCCAAGAGCCGAACCAUUGCUAGCUCUCUUUGGGGCACGCUCGAGAAAAUGGGACACGAUGAUCCGAAAGACUAUUGCUUGGAGCUGGAGCAGCUGUUGACGUGGAUUGACACUUGUGCGAGGGAAAAGAGUCAGUUGGACGACAAAAUUCAGCACAAUCAGAAGAAAUUGAGCAUGAAGUCCUUCAAGCACAGCGUUGCUGCGCUCAUUGAAGAAGGGCGUUUGCGCGAUUGGAUUCUAAACGCGGAGAAACAGGAGAUUAUCAACACUGGGGGUGAAGUCAACCGUCUGUAUCAGCUGAUCACGGAAGGGAAGAAAGCCAAUUCACUUCUUCUCGAUGCAGAUUCUCUCCGCAACGCUGCCACACGCUCGGACCUGUUUUCUACAAAGCAAUGCCAAUCUCUCUUGGAACGAGCUGACGAAGUGGAAGCCCGAAUGCUGGAAGAAACCCAACGCCUCGUUCAACAGCACGCAGAGGAAGAUGCAGCGAAAAAGAAACGAGAGGAAAUGGAAAAGCUGGCUCUCGUGGGCCUGCGGUUGCGGCAAAAGGUCAUGUUGAAAGAUCUGAAAACGCGAACGGAACUGAAUGGAACAAUUGGCUUGUUCAUGGGACUCGCACAACAGGGAAACCGAUUUGUCGUUCGUGUUCAAGGCGUUGAUAUGGCUCUCUGCAGGGAGAACUUUGAAGAGUGGAGAGGAGGAGAAAAUGCGACAAAGAAGGCAGCGCCCAAGGUCGCCACUUGGACAUGUUCGUUAUGCACGUUGCUAAACAAUGCAACACUGGACAAGUGCUCCGUCUGCGAGAACCCCAGAAAGGCCGUAUCAGCGGCCGGGACGAAGACAACAACAGCAAUCGGCAAAUCGAGCAUCACGAGUGUGUCUGUGAAGAACAAGCAGACCAAGAAACCUGCACCCGUCACACAACAGCAAAUUUCGUCCAAACCGGCUCCAGUAGGUUGGCCAGCAACAUCAACAGGCAAAAGCUCUUCCGCGUGGGGUGUCCCGAAGCAACACGGGGCACAAGUGGGGCUCCUGGCAUCAAGCAAAGUGCCAGCCCGAAAGACGAUCAGAAUGUGGUUCCCUGCAAACGAUGCAUCUGCAUUUAUUGGGAAAAAGGGCUCUAACGUCAAGAAAGUCAAGGAGGCGACAGGGGCCUCCAUCAUGGUUGACAAGAAGACGAAAAACAACACAGGGUGUUGUGCAAUCUAUCUUGAGGGAACUGCUACGCAGAUCAUGGACGCUCAAGUUGCUAUUAGUAGCUUUAUACAGGGGAGAAAGCAACAGAAAGAAAACCAGAAUGGUGCGUCGAAACGGAAUGGUGCGUCGAAAUUCGCGGAGGAGAAGAAGCCAACCCCCCAGUCGAAAGAGAUCUUCGACGCCGGUCGACAGACUCCUACUACCACAUCGCUGUCUGUACCAGACUCAAUUUCCAUCAUCUCGCCAGCACCUGCUGGGGAAGAAGAUAGUGGCUUGACAGAGAUCAUGGAAACUGUCGACAAGGCUGAGAAGAAACUCAUCCCAAAGCCAGAAGUUCCCAAGAACGGGACCAAGCCCAUGGAUUCUCUAUUUCUCUUUGUUUGUCAACAGGCCUCUUGUCUCAAAUGCAAGCCCGAGGCGUUCUACGAGUUCCUCCGUUCGGAAGAUAUCACCACUCUCAAGGAUUUGCAGGAAGGGCUAGGCGAUGAUGACUUUCUCCAGGAAAUGAUUGAACAUGGCUUGAAGGGGUUCAAGAAGAAGCUUUUCUCCAAGGCAGCCGCAGACGCGGGUCUCCUCGGUGGAAUUGCGACUGUUGACAAUGGGCUCAGCGAGCCCAAGAAAGCUUCGACAACCAAUCAACCAUCGCAGCUCCAUUUGGAAUUUGAGUGUCCGAUCUGUUACGAGUUGAUGGUGAAGGAUCCGGUCAUGGCCAGCGACGGGUUCACGUACGAGCGGCAUGCUAUUGAGAGCUGGUUCCGACGCCACAAAGACAAAUCGGAGGGAAUACCUUCUCCCAAGACGAACGUUCUUAUGACAGACUUGAGGCUUAUCCCAAACAUACAAAUGCGCAGCAUGGCACGUGAUUUUUCCGCACGAAGUCGAGAAUGA